AUGAUAAAGCGUUACGUGCUUUCUGUUUUGGUCCUCGCACUGUGUUGUGUCUGUGGAUGUGUGGUAGCUGAAAAUGAUCCUGCGGCACAUACAAUUAAUGAUCUUGGUACUGUCACUCAGGAUAAAGGAUUGCAGGAUGCGUUGGAAUCUCCUGAGACAGAAGUGGAAGAUACAGAAGCAGAAUGUAAAUCAGGUGGAAUAAAGGAAAAAAAUUGCAAACCAAAUCCCCCGCCGCAAUUGAAUCCGAAAGGUGAUCAACAGAAUGGAACAAGACCUGAAGUUGAUGCGCUUCCACAACCAACAAUAACGAGUCCCAGUCUUUCACCUUCUCCUGAUACUCUUGGGGUUCCUGCACCUGCCGCUCCUCCUUCAACUCCUGCCCCUCCUAAACCUCCUGCUGUUGGUGCUGCUGAACCUUCAUUGGCAGGUUCUUCUGGAGUACAUGGUGCAAAAGCGACAAAAGAGAGUGAAACCGGGACUGAACAGAGUAAAGAUGCUGAGAAACCUGAACAAGCUGAAGGUACACCAAACAUGGACACUCCUCAAACUGAAGGUGAACAGAAGAAUGUGGGGGCAGAAGGAGCAAAGGGAAGUCAAAAUGGAGCACAACCCAAUUCUUCUGCAGGACCCACUACAAGUAAUACAGACACUCCAGAAACCAACGGGAGACAAGAACAGACAACUGACACAAAGGAUUCUCAACCAAACAAUGAUACAGGUGAUACCAAUAACUCAGAAACCAUAAACUCUGACAAUACCAAUACAACCAGUAAUAAUAAGGAAUCAACUACCACAACAACAACAACCACAACAACACUUCCUCCUGAACUCACAAACAACAAGAAGGGUGAUGCAGACAGCAGCAGCAGUAUCAGCAGUUCUGUGUGGGUGCGUGUACCACCACUACUGAUUGUGGUUACACUGGCCUAUAUUCUUGUGUGCUGA